CCAUGCAAUCCAUAGGUCCAUAGGUCACCAUGCAGUGCAUGCAGCCCAUAGGGCACCAUGCAUUGCAUGCAUUGCAUGCAGCCCCUGCAGCCCAUAUUGCACCAUGUGCUGCUCCGUGACGCUGCCGCUGCUGGUGCUGCUCAGUGCUGGGAUCAGUGCAGCCCUGCUCCCCCGUCACGUCUCCUCCUUGAUCCCCAUCCUUCAGUCCCUGGAGGCCGAUGACGUCGUGAACGUCCCAUCGUUGAUCCGAUCCCUGGGGGGCUGCGGGACCCCCAUAUGUCACACGGUGCUCGGGGACCCCCCUCCCAUCCCGACCCCCAUCCCUGAGCUCUGGGUGCCACUCUCCCACCUCCUCCACCCCACAACUGCAGCCCAUGGGACGGUGUUGGCACCCGACGGAUCCACCGUCGCGUUGGCGCCUCUAUUUGCCGGCAUCGAAGUGGGGCUGAAGAGGGCGAUGGGGCGGCCCAGCCCCACAGACAGCCCCAUAGAUGGACCCUACAAUGAUCUCGAUCCUCUCUAUGCCGUCACCAUCACCGAAGCUUUGGGGACGUCCUUCCUUAUGGCCCACGUUAAUGGGACGACGCCAUUGGGACCCGAUGGGUGUUGGGAUGACGUGGACAACCCCCAAAACUUCACCUUUAUGGGACCCCCAUCACCCAUCCCCGACGCUGUCAUCAAUGGGGCGAUGGAUGGGGUCUUGUUGGGCACCCGCUUGGCUCAAGACCCCAUCCCGCUCUCCAUCCUAUUCCGGACUUAUUAUGGGGUGGAUAAUGGGAUCGCAAGGGGGUCGCCCCAUAGCAGCCGUCGGCGUCAGGAUUUCGGGUCAUUGGUGGCAAUGGAGAGGUUGGAGGAGGAGGUGGGGGGGGUGCUGAGGGUACUAAGGGGGCUGCCCCACACACGGGGGCUCCUGGAGGGGCUGGGGGAAGAAGAGGAGGCGGAUAUCGCUCAUAGGGCGGCACAGGAGUUCAUGGAGCUGUAUGUAGGGUGCCCAGCCAUCAUCCCCCGGUGCAUGUGGGGCGCUCGUCCCUACCGGGGCACCCCCAAAGCCUUGUCCCCACCUCUGGGUUCCAUCUACAUUCACCACACCUUCGUGCCCAGCGCCCCCUGCCGCUCCUUCUCCACCUGCGCCCGCGACAUGCGCUCCAUGCAGCUCUUCCACCAGGACACCCGUGGGUGGGAUGACAUCGGCUACAGCUUCGUGGUGGGCUCUGACGGCUACCUGUACCAAGGCCGCGGUUGGCGCUGGGUGGGUGCCCACACCAGAGGCCACAACACGCAGGGUUACGGUGUCGGAUACGUGGGCAACUUCUCCGCCAUCUUGCCGGAUCCCGACGCCAUCUCGUUGGUGCGCGACGCCCUCAUCCCGUGUGCCGUGAGAGCGGGUUGGCUCCACCACAACUACACCCUGCACGGCCACCGGCAAAUGGGGAACACCAGCUGCCCCGGGGACGCCCUGUUCCAAGAGAUCCAAAGCUGGCACGGCUUUAAGUGAGGACUGGACCCAUGGCUGUGGGUCUGUGGGGGCUGCAAAGGUUGGAUGGACCAGAACCCAAUGGAUCCCAGACCAUAUGGACCAGAACCCAAUGGAUCCCAGACCA